AUGAUUGCCGAAGCAAAAAUUUCCGGAAGCACUACGGGUGCUAAUAAUAUGUUUGAAAGCACAGAAACCAUUUCACCUGGUGAUAUUUUCUUUUCUCGGGACUAUGCAGCCUUGAACAUGCAGAAGAUUACUGAAAGGAAAGUCGAUAAAAAGCCUCAGGUGCUGAUUGAUAGAAAUGUUGAAUCUGUGAAGACACCGGCCAAUUUCAAUCAAAGUGGAAAAGGGAAUUUAUCUAGUAAUACUAUGUGUCAAACAACUAUAAGCGCCAGCACUUUCAUAAGUAGGCAAAGCGGUAAUUUGAGUGAUGCUAGUGGAAGGACAACAGCAAGCAUGAAAAAGUUCACCGCGAACAGGCAAAACAAGCAAUCAGAAGCAUGGUUUUCUUGUAUCAAGAAGGGACCUUGUAGAACCUCAAGAAGAGAAUCUCCGGAAAGAGGGCGACCGAUCGAUGAAGCUUUAGUUAUUGCCAAAUCAUCUAUAGUUGAAAGUCUGAGACCCUUCUGGGCUGAUAAGCAUCAACCUGCUUCACUGGAAGGAUUCACUUGCCACAAACAAGAAGCUUUACUGCUUAAAGACCUGGUUUCUUCAAAUGAAAUCCUUCCACAGAUCUUAUUCAAGGGUCCUCCUGGUUCUGGGAGGAGAGCGCUCACGAUGGCUCUUUUGCGUGAAAUCUAUGGAAAUGCUAUCUGCAAUAUAUCCCAUGAUUUGAGACACUUCCAAAUUAAGGAAACAAGGCCAGUGCAAGUUGUAGUACCAGUAAGCUCAAGUCCUCACCAUAUCGAGCUCAACCUUCAGUUGGAGCCUAACGCUAGAUAUGCAAUCAUGGCUUUAGUUAAGCAAAUAACUUCAGAGUAUCCACUGACCCCUGAAGUCAGCAGAGUAAAUAAGAAGGCUGAUUACAAAGUAAUAGUUCUUUAUAAUGUGGACAAAGCCGAGGAGAACAUGCAGCACUUAAUAAAAUGGAUAAUGGACUGCUAUUCAGAUGCUUGCAAACUCAUUCUCUGCUGUGAAGAUGAUGUGGCCAUACUUGACUCAGUUAAAAGUCGCAGCAAAGUUGUUGAAGUUUCAGCUCCUAUAACUCAUGAAAUCAUGGAAGUUCUUAUUCAGAUAGCAAGAAAGGAGGAUUUUGAACUAUCAAUGGGCUUCGCCGCUAAGAUAGCCGCCAAAUCAAAUCAAAAUCUGCGGAGAGCAAUUAUGGCUUUUGAAGCCUGCAAAGCGCACAACUAUCCCUUUGCUGAAGACCAACCAAUUUCAAUAGGAUGGGAAGAAGUAGUAAUAGAACUUGCAGCAGAAAUUCUCGCUGAUCCCAACCAAACAAGGUUAUUUUCGGUUCGGGGAAAGUUCCAAAAACUUUUGGUGGAGUUUGUGCAUCCAAAACUUAUUCUCCUGAAACUAGUUGAGGAAUUCCUUAAGAGGGCUGAUGCUGGUAUAAGAAGGGAAAUUUAUUAUUGGCAUGCUUAUUAUGUAAGUUCUAUCCUUCUAAAUUAA